UCACAUUCCCCCCAGUUUCAUUUUUGUUUGUUGUGCUGCAAAUCCCCCAUUUCACAGAUGGAACCAGCUAGAAAGAGGAAGUCCUCACCUGUGUGGGAGUAUUUUGAGCAAACUGCUCAUAAUAAGGUUUGUUUGUGUGGAACCUCCCACUGGGAAGUUCUUGGAAUCUAGUGAUUAUUGUAUACUUGCCAUAGAGUGAACUAUCAGUCACAAUAUGUAUGAUUUUAUUAAAGGUGAGGUGCUUGGUGUGUGAUAGACAGCUCACAUACAGCAAUAAUACUUCCUCAAUGAUCCGCCAUUAUCGAGCCAUGCAUGAGCAUGCCCAGGCUGCCAACAGGCCAGAGACAAGCCAAAGUAACAGGAACUAUUUAUUGCAUAUUUACUAAAUCUGGUGUUUGACUCCAACUAUAAGGCAGCAUUAAAUGUUACAGAUUCCAGAAAAGCGCUGGUGGAUGAGGCUCUGGUCGGCAUGGUCAUUAAGGACUCUCAGCCUUUCUCAAUUGUGGAGGAUGCGGGAUUCAGGGAGCUUGUUCAUGCACUGGAUCCCAACUAUGUGCUCCCAAGCAGAAAGGCUCUGAAGUCAAUGGUGGAGGAUAGAUACCGGGAGGCCAAGGAGAAGGCCAAGGAGCAGGUCAGGAAGGCUGCAGCUGUCAGCCUCACGUCGGAUAUGUGGACAUCCAUUAACAUGGAUGCGUAUCUGGCGGUGACCUGUCACUACAUUAGUGAUGAGGACCAGCUCUGCACUUCCUUACUGGGAGUGCAACAUUUCCCGAAGGCCCAUACAGCUGAGAACCUGGCUGCAGGGCAUGCACAGCUGAUGGAGGAGUGGGGCAUAACGGAUAAAGUGAAAUGCCUGGUCACCGACGGAGCAGCUAACAUGAAUGCGUGUGUCAGACAGCUAAACAUCAGACACACCGUGUGCAUUGCACACACAAUUAAUUUACUUGUGCGCAAGUCAUUUGAUGAUGUGCCUGGGCUAAAUGACUUGCGCCAUAAAUGCAGAAGGUUGGUGACCCUCUUUCGAUCCAGUACAUCAGCUAAAGAAAGGCUUGUUCAGGUGCAGGAAGAAAUGGGGAGGCAGCCUUACAGAAUGAUAAUUGAAGUUGAGACAAGGUGGAACAGCACUUUCCAUAUGUUGGAAAGGUUGUAUGAGCUCAGAGAGCCAGUGGGAGCAGCCUUAGCCUCCCUAAAAACUGACGUUGCACCUCCAACAGCUUCAGAAUACGAAGCAAUAAAGGAUGUGCUGAAUGUUCUCGAGCCAUUCCAUCAGGCAACAGUUGAAGUCUCUAGCGAGAGGAGGGUGUCUGGAUCAAAAGUGAUCCCUCUCAUGAAAAUGCUGCAUCAUACAGUUUCCUGCAGACUCCCAACCCUGACCACUGCAAGGCAGCUGGGGGACAACCUCAUCCGGCGCCUUAAGGAACACAUCCACAACUUGGAAUCAGUCAGUGCUCUCACACUGCCAACCUUAUUGGAUCCGAGAUUUAAAAAACUUGGAUUUCUAACUCCUGGCAAAACACAAGAGGCAAUAAAUAGACUGAAAAAUGAGUGUGUCAAUAUGAUCAGGAGAGAGUCUCCCCCUCCCACCUGCAAGCCGUCCCGUGGAUCCGCCAGCCAAUCAUGGUGAGCUUUGGCAGCUCCUGGACACAUCAGUCACCACCAGCAGGAGCAGCUCCAGCGCCACUGCCGAUGCAAAUAUUCUGAGGAAUGAGGAUCCACUCGUAUACUGGAAAACCUGCAAGACGCAGUAUCCGCAUCUAUAUCGACUAGCAACAGCAUGGCUGUCAACACCAGCAUCCUCUGUGCCUUGUGAGAGGGUGUUCUCAAAAGCAGGAGAAAUUUUAUGUAAACGAAGAAAUCGACUGAACCCAUCCACACUUGAGAAACUUUUAUUUUUAAAUAAAAAUGAAUGAAAAUGCAAACUCUUGUAUUGCUUUUAUUGCAGGUUUGAUUAAGAACAAAGCCAUGAGUCUUCAUGGGUGUUCACAUGCAUGCACACGUACAUAUACUAUAGAUGCAUCCGAUAUUAAUUGUUACUGCAUAGAUCUUCAUACCAAAUUUCGGCUCAGGUCAUAUUUUCAUUUGAACACCAGAUGGCAGUAUUCACUGUUUCAGUGAGGCUUCGAGUAGUGAACCUUUUAAUGAAGCAAUGGGCUGGAAAGCCUCAGUGAUUCAUGGGGCUUCAUUUGACCAUCACUACUGUAUAGCCAGGGAUUUGCUCCAUUCUGCAGGAGCGAGACGAAACUGACUGCGGCAGCAGAGUUUACUAUCUGGCAGAGAGUGGAGGGAGAGACCGGUCUUUAUUGCUGGUGGUGUGAUCAGUGGAAUGACGAACAGCUGCUCGGGUGCUGGGGAGGGAGCUGAUUGCCAAGCGGACGCAGCCGUGAAGCUGGGCUCCGCUUGUCAGCUGCCAGAGAGAGAGAGAGGAGGAGAGAGAGGGAAAGAGAGAUAGGGAAGGGAAAGAGGGAGAGAGAUAGGGAAAAGGGAGUGGGAUGUCAGGAUGGGGCAGAGGAGGUGGAGGGGGAGGCCCUGACAGAAACUUUGUAGGAAUGAUCUUUGGCAUGUCAAACUGACAGCUGGUGAGGGUUUCUUUUAGCCAAAAUUUCAAUAUUUUCAUAAUUUUGCACUGAAUGGAAAACAUCAAUGAAUCUCUUGCAAGUUGGAAAUUAAACCAAGAUGCCACUUCUAGAUGUCCAUAUGUGUUCAGAAGUUUCUGGCAAAAAGAGAGAAUGCAGCAAAUACUGGUGCACAAGCCUCAGUUUUGUGCUUAAGAUCUCUCAGAUUCAGGCACUGUUCAAAAAUUGCAAACAAGUGGAUUUUUAAAAGAAUAGGAAAAAUAUCUCUCUCAAACAUAGGAUCUAUUUGAUGUUGUGGUGAGAAUAUUAUCUGAAUGACACUACCAAUGCCUAGAAAGCUUUUAUAUGUUAGUAGAAAUGGGGAUUAUGGCCAAUCAAAGUUGACAAAAAAAUAAAUAAAGAAAAAUAAAAAAUUUUCAAAUGACUAGAUGGACAUCUUGAAUCACAAGAAGUCUGAUGAAAUUUGGGAUAGGAAGAGAUUGAAGUUCAAUAUGAUUUUGUUAAGACCUGGUUAUGUUUGGAUUGCUUCCAUUUAUUGGCAUUCCCAUGUGACGAAAUAA